AUGCCCGGGCUAUUUACUCCCUCGCCCUCGAAUGCGCGCGCAAAGUCACAGAGGAGCUACUUCGAUGCGACGUACGCGCCUGAGACCUCCGACCAUCAGGUGACCGAUCCAGAUGUCCACGCGACCCGCAAGCGCUCCCGGUAUGGCUCCACGGCGCAUGAGCCCACGGCAAGCCCUUGGGGUAGACAUGCCCUGAACAACGACCGCUUUGGCGACAACAAAAGUCCACCUCCGCUUGCGAACGACCGCUACCAGCUCGCAGGGGGCAUGGAUGGCACGAACAACUACACAAGACGAGACGGCGACUACGACGACUACUUCAACCUCCAGAAGUCGCGCGGCAACUGGUCAGUUCCGCCUACACCACAGGUUGGCAUUGCGACACAGGUCGCAGUUGGCGAAAUGCAUACAACACCCAGCGAGAGCAAACCUUGGUCGUUAAUGGGCUUAGUCGGAGGCGUAGCCGGCAAGCUCUUCCAGUUCUGUACUGUGCCUUUCAGGGGCUUCCAGGCAGGAGGAGGAGCGAGGUACAAUAUCGACGCGCAGGAGAAGGUUGCGGAGAAACUUGGUCUUCAGGACGACCCCUUUGAGGCCGGUCCAGUACAACGGUUACCUGCUGAAUACCCAAGCGACAACUAUGGAGUUGAGUCAAUCGAGUCAAUCACUCCCGAGCGACCUAGGAUGGCCAAGCGACUUCGGACGGCAGAUAACUGGGUGGUGGUUGGAACAAAUCUGGAGACAGAGUCGAGACCCUCAACACCGCGAUUAUCCGAACGAAGAUUGCCCGACCGAUCGCCCUCACUCAUCCCACGGCCUGUAUCACGAGCGAACACAGGAACACCAUCCCACAAGCGGCCGUCCCUGAUCCCAGUAUCCCGACGUUCGACAAUGGACAGGCGAUCCUUCUACGGUAGUCCACAAGCCACCCCUGGCUCACACGAACGCCCGCGCUCCUAUCAUCGACAAAGCUUCGGCUCACCGGCCAUGCUUGAGGAUAAUGCAAGCAAGGUCGCCAGCCCUCUGCCGCAGGAAAGCCAGCGUCUGAUUGACAAAGUGCGAAGGGAGGAGAUGGAGGAAGACGAGCGGAUGCGCAGGAUGAGCAUGCAGAUGAGUGCUAUGCUCAGAGAAGCGAACGAGGCUCUAGGCUCCAACUUUAAGGUGGAAGAGUACGACGACGAUAAUAUGGGCGACAACCGGGGGCACGAGCAGCAACCGGCCUGGUUUUCAUGA